UAUGGCGAUCUGUCAAUACUUCUUGGAGGGCCGGUGCCGUUACGGAGAUAAAUGUUGGAAUGAACACACGAGAGGUGGUGGAGGGGGUGGUAGAUACCACACGCAGACCCGACACCAGCAGCCACCCUCUUCAGGUGGCUCUCAUAUUUGGAAAAAUGCGCCUACAAAACAGGCUCCCGGUUUCCAAAAAUCCACAACAUGGAGCAGUAAGGACAAUAACAGGGGUGGAUUUGGAUCAUUUUCCGGCUCGGACAAUAGCGGGAACAGAAACUUUACUGGAUCUUCGGGAUUCCAAUCUACCCAGAAUCGUUUUUCCGCCUUAGGCAAUCAAGGUCAUAGCAAGGAUUCUCAGGCAGACCAAGACGGCAACCUAAUAGAUGACAUUAAAAAUGACAUGGUGGUGUGGGAAUCUACAGGACAGUGGCAGCUCUCUGUUUAUGCGCCACAAAGGGAGAAACAUAAUAUCUCCGGAUUUUCAGACGUCUCACCAGAAGAGCUACGCGUUGAAUACUACAUGUCCAAGGCCAAUGGCAAUGCUGCAGGCUAUAUAAAUACAGUCCAGCAGAUGGUGAACCAGUGGAAACAGAGACUUCUUCAACUCAAAAACCUAAACCCAAUGUCUAGAGAUGCCUUGCUGCGUGAACUGACUUCUGCAUCUUCUAGUAACACACCUGCAACAUUUGGAGCAGCCCAGCAAUCUACCUUUGCGCCUUCCAAUGCGUCAUCCAGCAGCGCAGCCCUUGCCUCGUUCAGCUUUAAAUCGGAUUCUACCUUUGCCCAAAACGUGAAUGCUCCAUCUUCAGGGACUGGUUUUACUUUUUCAGGGGCUUCAGGGUUUGGUAGUAAACCCAGCAGUACUGCUGCGGCUGGCAGCAUGGGGACGGCAUCCGCGGCGGCAGCAGCUGCUACAUUUUCAUUUGCAAGGACAACUGCGCCAACCAUUGGAACAUCUGGGUUUGGUGUGCCAUCUGUCGCACCUAGCUUUGGGAUGCCUUCUACCACACACACGGUUCCUGCUUUUGGUGCAGGCUCCCCACGUGUUUCGGGAUUUGGGGGAGGUGAUGGUACUUUUGCCAGUCCUGCUUUUGGGGGAGGUCAUAAUACCACAGCGGCUACCGGUUUCAGUGGUGUUGCAAGCACAGCCUCUUCAGUUGCUGGCCUUUUUAAAUCUGCCACCGCAGGUCCUACUUUUACGACCUCGAUAUUUGGGCAGCCACCAGCGCUUCCUGUCGGUGGUACUGCAACUAACACACCACCUGCAGCUUCUGCAUCUGACGGCAGCACACUGGAUCCUUUAUUUACCCCUCGGAGUGAGCUUUCUCCCGAAGACCUCCUGCAAUUUACGGCAAAGAAGUUUACUUUAGGAAAGAUUCCUUUGGAACCACCACCAGCUGAUCUGGUUAAUUGGUACAAGACUCCUUGAAAGUCGGCUUAUUUUAUUUUUGUAUUGUUGAUUGAAAACUUUCUUUAAUGCUUACUAAAGCUGAACACUUUUAACAA